CGGACGGACGCCUGAAACCCGAUUCCUGAAAGGAGGUGAUAGAUUGUGGAUUAAUUAAUUUAUUUAUAGUUAGAUUGCACACGUUUUCUGAAAACGAGAGAUAAUUUAAUAGUGUGAUGUGCAAUCGUGUAUAUUUACUUCAGAAUGGAAGUAAGAUUGAAUGGUGUGAAUCAGGGUAGAACGUCUUAAUUUUUCAGCAAUCUUUCAAGUAUUCAGGUAUCAAAAAUGACGUCCGAAUACAGCCGCAGUGUUUUGCGGGUUGUAGUCGCGCAAAUUUGCCAGACAAUCGGUUGGCAUUCUAUAAAUUCUAGUCCUCUGGAAUUUCUUGUUGAUCUCAUGCACGAAUAUCUUCUGCGAGUAUCCAAACUUACUCAUCAAUAUUCAGAAGUCUUGGGGCGAACGGAAGCGAAUCUCGACGAUUUAGGAUUAGCCUUCCGACACAUGAACAUUAGUAUUGAGGAAUUAGCCGAAUACGUAAAAAAUGUAGACUCAAUCCCCUGUCCAGUCUCAGUGCCAAAACUUCCAAUUCACCGCGAAAGCCACCUAAAUUUUUUGAAACCCGGCAGUCGCGAAGUGGUAACCAGACCUGUUCACGUGCACGAACAUUUACCUGCAAUGUAUCCCGAAACCGAAGAAGAAUACGCAUCAGAAAAGCCGGAAAUUCUGGUAAAUGGAUUGUGCGACUCGCCAAAUUCAAACGGAAUGCCUUCAGGAAGUUCCGAGCAUCAAUCGCCAAACGGCUCAAAUGCUCAGGGAGUUUUCAAACGACCUGUGGAUCCAGUCUCCUUCGAGAGUCCAAUCACAAAACGACCAAAGCUGACCGAAGAAGGCCGACCUCUUCGCGAAAUUCACAGUGUCAUGAUGACCACUUCCGGAUUUUUGUCGCCUGCUCGCGAGGGCAAACUUCCCGAGGCGCGUACUCCUCAACAAGCCCGAUCAGAUUCGCCUCCACCCAGCUCGUAUCCGAUGGUGCCGCCGGAACUAAAAACAGACAAGAAACCAAAGAAAGUCGUGAAGAAGACGCCCGAGGGUCGAAAAUUGGACAAGGAGAAUAAGAAGAAGAAUCGGGCGAAGGAGCUCUUCAAGCCGGACGAGGUGAAGAAGCUCACGGGGAUGAAGGAACUUGCUAAAUUGAAAGCUUUGAAACCCGGCGGCGGUAAAGCGCCAGGUCCCUCGAAUCGACCAGGAACGCCAAAAUUGGCACAAACUAAAACGAGUCCGAAGGUGAAGUCGACUCAGCCGAAGGUCAAGCCAGACAAGGUCGUUGAGGUGCCGAAUAAUGUUGCAAUUGUGGAGAAGAAGGAUGAAAAUGUGGAUAAAGUGGCGUCGGAACCUGACAAAAGGAAGCUCAAUAUAUUCAAAAAGAUCUCGAAGACGGACAAGGAGCUGGAGCAGGUUAAGCAAAAAGUGUCCGAUUCUUGGGAAGCUUCGCCUCCCGUGAUUGUUGAUGACGAGGAUCGACAGGCUCAGAAAGUGGAUGUCGAGAUUAACAGGGAGGAGAGAAAAACACCACACACUCCUGAUGUUGUCCCGCCGGAUGGAGGCGACGCUGACGAUUUUCAAAGUCCUGGCUCAAAUGUUUACAUGUUUGAUAAUAUGUCGCCGCCUGGAACACCAAAAACUCCGGACGUUGCUCUGCCUGUUCCAGUUGAGCCGAAGAAAAAGAAGAAGGAGAGGGUUAAUAAGAAAAAGGAGCCGAAAGUCAAAAUUCCGAAGGGCGCGACUCCAAAGAAGGUGAAAAUGCCAAUUGUACCAAUUGAUCUAGAAAUUGUGGAACGACCGAAAACUCCCCAGGCUCCUGAUCCUCCGCCAAUACGAGAACAGCCAAAUAUUCCUCCCGUUUUGCCAUUUCCUUUCUAUCCAUUUGCAGCUCCAGGUCCCGGUCUUAUUCCGCAUCCAAUGGGCCUUCCAAUGUUUCCAAGAUUUCCUCUCCCGCUUCCCAAAGGCGUUCCUGGCCCGCAUCCUGGAUUGCCAAAUUUGCCGAUACCUCCUCGAUUCCUGAACCCUUCCAUGAAGCCAGAGGAUUAUUCCAUGUCGAAGCCGAAAUUUGUGGAUCGCGAGAAACCAAUUUUGCCACCUUUCAUGGAAAUUCCGCCUAUUGUGAAGCCGGAAAAAGUUGAGAAAGUGGAGAAGGAAAAGAUGGUGAAAGUGAAGCCUGAGAAGGAAGUGCCGGUACCGAUUCCUUCGCCCGUUGUUCUGCCACCUGUGAUGAAUAUUCCUCCUGUUAUUCCUCCUUUGUCUUUACCAAUCGCUCCAUCAGUGCCCAUAAAGCAAUUGAAGACCGAGAAAUUGGAAAAGAACGAUAAGAAAUCGAAAGAGCAUAAAAAAGAGAAGAAGGAUAAAAUCAAAAAGAAAAAAGACAAGAAGGAGAAGCAUAAAGAGAAAGGUGAGAAAAUAAAAGAAAAGAAGGAAAAAGGAGAGAAGAAGGAGAAACUGGAAAAGCUUAAAGAGAAGAAAGAAAAACGGGAAAAGCGCAAGGAGAAAGAUUUAAACAAGAAGACUGUGAAAGAAGAGAAGGCUGCAGUACCUCUUGAAGUUGGGGUACCGAAGCUUACCCUUAAAUUGGGAACAUCUUCGCCAAGACCACCGACACCAGAUAGCGCUCCCAUGAAAAAGAUAACUAUAAAGCCGCUGCUGAAGAAGCCGGAAGAGGAAGCGGCUAAGCGAGAAUCGAGUCCUGAGUUGGCCAAAAUAUCGGCAUUAGUAACCCGGCCGCCGAAACAGAAGACACCAAGUAAGAAAACAGAAGAGGGGAUUUUAGAGCUAAACCCCACUCUCUCUUCAGACUCUUCUUUCUCUACCAAUAUUUCUAGCGUAUCACCUCGAGCAAAAAGAUCUUUAUUCAAACCUCCCCCAUCACCCAUCUAUUCCUAUUCCUCAAGUCCGAGUCCUCCAUUGCCGCAGGAGCAGCCAGCAUUUUACUAUGUUGAUGCAAGCGGAAAUCAGGUUUGGAUUUGUCCUGCCUGCGGAAAGCAGGAUGAUGGAUCACCAAUGAUUGGUUGCGAUGACUGUGAUGCUUGGUACCACUGGGUGUGUGUUGGCAUGCAGGUUCCUCCGGCGCCGAACGAAGACUGGUACUGUCGACAGUGUUUAACAAAAAAACAGGAACUUCAUCAUGACAAAAAGAAGAAGAAGCGCAAGAAGAAAGUGAAAGUGCCCGCCUAGUAUAAGCUAACCGGGCCCGGCGUAAGGCCCGGUUUGCCGAUUCAAAAUCUUGCGAAAGUAAAGACAAAAGACAGCAAAGAUGGAAUGAAAAGUCUCAAGGUGAAAAAAAUCGCCAGAAAAGAAAUGAAGUUGCAAAUGAAGGGGUUGAAAAUGAAACCAAACAAGGGAAAAUUAAAAGACAAGAAGAGCAUCAUCAAAGUGAAAAGAGCGAAGAAAGUCAAGAAACUGAAGGACUUUUCUCUAAGUUUAGAACCACCAAAAGCUCAGUAAUUUUUUCCCAUUUUAUCGAAAUAUCAUUUAAAAAAAAAA